AUGGACGCCAUUCGGGAGGCCAAACCAUCAACCUGCAGCAUCUCUCAGUUUCUUCGUCUCUGUUUCUUGGCUGGCCGCCCUCUAACACUCCUCAGCAAAACCAUCGAGGGCGGUCAAAGAGAAACGGGCACGACGAGCACCAUGGUGCGGUUCAUCGUCGCCCCGCUCCUCCUCCUCGCCGUCGCCUUCGUGGCCUCCGUCGAGGGCCGCGUGGAGGACCCCGUCCUCCGUCCCAUCAAUGGCACCAACUCCGUCAGCGCCUCCAUCUCCAACGUCUGGAUCGUCGCCCGCAAGUUAUUAACCAGCGACGUCCGCCCCGUCGCUCCCCUCGAUACUUCCUUGUUGGACGACAGCACCUCUGGGUUCCGCAAGUUGACCGGCGAGGACGAGUGCCAGCGGACAUGCGACCAGGUGCACUUCAAGACGAUGUGCCGGAGCUUGACGAGGAUGCCGGGGGUGACCACGCCACGCGAGCUCCUGCAGGCGGCGGUGCGUGCGGCGAUCGGCAAGGCGAAGCUGGCCAAGCGCCGUGUCGACGAGUACGCGGCGAGCUCGCACGAGGGCAACCCGAUGGCUUCCAUCCUCGAGACAUGCGGCCAGGCGUACGACAACGUGGCGCAGGCGCUCGAGGAGACGCAGCAGCUCAUCGACGCCCACCCCACGCACGCGGACCUCAUGAGCAAGGUGUCGGGCGUCAACACGUUCGCCGUCGACUGCGACAACGCCUUCGAGGAGCGGCCGGAGAUCAAGUCGCCGUUCGCGGCCGCGCAGCGGAACGUCUACCGCCUCGUGGACAACGUCCUCAACAUCGCCUACUUCGUCAAGCAAGUCUGAACUCUGAGCUCUGAAGCAUAGCAUGCGAGCACGUGAGCCGCGAACUCACCGGUUGUAAAGGCAGGGGGUGGUGGUGUAUCGAUCUCCCGCACUUGAAUAUAUAUGAACAAGGCUUGAGAAAAAAUUGUACGUAGGUGUAUCUUAA